GCGUAGUAGAAUGAGUAGAAUGAAUGAGCGGAAAGGGCAGAGCAGCACGACCACGAGAGACUUGACUCAGAGCACUGAGCGGGGCAGUAUGAAGCUGUGAAGCGGCUUUUUUCUUUUGACACUGACAAGUGUCAGUCUAUGAUAUAUACAAAAAUAUAUUAAUUAAUGUAUCGUCUUGAUAGCACAAUGGCACGAGGAGAGGGCGCCGAGCAGUACGCAGCGAGUUUAUUGUCAGUCAAACCUAUAAAUACAGAUAUCAAGACAGCAAAGCCAAAUGACCAAAGAAACCGUCUGUCUGUGUGGAAUAAAUUGUGCUAUGCUAUUGGCGGGGCUCCCUACCAGAUCACAGGCAGCGCUCUGGGCUUUUUCCUCCAGAUCUACCUGCUGGAUGUGGCUCAGCUGGAUCCCUUCCAUGCCUCCAUCAUCCUGUUUGUGGGCCGGGCCUGGGACGCUGUCACAGACCCCACAGUGGGUUUCCUGGUGAGCCGGAGUAGAUGGACCCGCAUCGGCCGCAUGAUGCCCUGGAUCCUUUUCUCUACUCCUUUUGCCGUGCUGACUUACUUCCUCAUCUGGUACGUGCCUCCUUUUGAGCAGGGGAAGGUCGUCUGGUACCUGAUCUUUUACUGCCUCUUCCAGUCAAUGCAGACGUGCUUCCACGUGCCAUAUUCAGCCCUCACCAUGUUCAUCAGCAACGACCAGAAAGAGAGGGACUCUGCCACUGCUUAUCGUAUGAUGGUGGAGGUGCUGGGCACAGUUCUGGGCACAGCAAUCCAGGGACAGAUAGUAGGUGGCGACACAAGUUGUCCCACUGAGCCUGAUGAACACGACAGCAGAAACUCAACCAACACGUCCAUAGUUUCACUGAAUGAGACGAAACGAGCUUACUUGAUUUCUUCAGGGGUCAUCAGCAUCAUCUACAUCUUCUGUGCCACAGUCUUGUUUUUGGGUGUGAAGGAGAAAAAAGAGAGCGGGCGAAAGGUAUCCCAGCUCACCUUCUGUCAGGGCCUGUGGCUGGUGAUGGGUUACGGACCAUACAUCAAACUGGUCAUCGGCUUCCUCUUCACCUCUCUGGCCUUCAUGCUACUGGAGGGAAACUUUGCUCUUUUCAUCACCUACGCUCUCGGCCAUAGAAAGGACUACCAGAAUAUUCUCCUGGUCAUCAUGCUAUCUGGGACUGUGACCAUCCCGUUUUGGCAGUGGUUUCUGACUCGGUUUGGGAAGAAGAAGGCAGUUUACUUCGGCAUCACGUGGGCAGUACCCUUCAUGAUCCUAAUCGUCUGCAUCAAGAGCAACCUGACCAUUUCUUACUUGGUCUCAGUGGCAGCCGGUGUGAGCGUGGCGGCAGCUUUCCUCCUGCCUUGGUCGAUGCUUCCCGAUGUAGUGGAUGACUUCAAGGUGAAAAACCCAGACAUCCAUGGUCACGAAGCCCUCUUCUACUCCUACUAUGUGUUCUUUAUCAAGUUUGCCUCUGGACUAUCCCUGGGGGUCUCUACACUCAGUUUGAAAUUUGCCGGCUAUGUGACUGGGAGCUGCUCACAACCCGAGGCGGUCAGUUUAACCCUGAAGGUGCUGGUCUCCCCUGUGCCUGUGGCUCUUAUAGCUGUGGGACUGUUGAUAUUGUGGACCUACCCUAUUGAUGAAGAAAGGAGGCAGGGCAACCGAAAACUACUGCAGGAAAUGCUGGACUCGGAGUCUGAAACUUCAGUGCUUGGGAGCAGCGUGUAGCGGCAGAGGACGAGCCAGCCACCACAGGUGCUUUAACGUGUUUGCACAGGCUGUCGAGGGACACGACCACCAGCAGAGGAGCGACCACAGACCACUGCUGCACAAACACAAUCCGCAUCAAGUAGCUCCCUACAGUGGAUCACGCAAGUUUACGUCGCCCUCUAUUGGCUGGCCAGUAGCAUUGCGUGUGUGAAGUAUUUUCUGUGUCCCAAUUAAACUCUAUCUGUUAAAACUAGAAAGCAUACACAAUUUACUAAUCUACACAGUCCCGGGUUAUUUUGGCAGAACCAAAGUCCCGGGUUCACUUACUGAUAUACUUUUUCCUCUUUUAGAGGUUUUCUUUCAUUGCCUAGCUGGAACACAGCACUGGGAUCUGUCCAUUUUGGACCUAAAUGGGUAUCGGUUACUGUACUGGACAGUCAAAUCUGACCACCUUAUCAUUUAAAAUGAAGAUAAAACCAUGUUUGUGUUAACAUUCAACAACUACAGCUCCUAGAAGUGUAUGGCUCGUGGGAGCUCAGUCAUGGAGUUUUACUCAACAAGGAAAUCCAAAGUGAUUUUUUUUUUUUUUUUUUUUUUCAAAGAUGUGUGAUUCAUGAUUCAUUCAACUUGUAUGUGGCUGUCUACAGUGUUAUUGCAUUGUGGGACAACAGUUUUCAUCAACUCCAUUUGUACACUACAUCCUGAAGUACUAGGUUGGAAUUGGGACACAGCUAGUGAUUUGUGGUAUUGUUUAUGAAGUAUUUAUUUGCUGGUUGACGAGAUCUGACUUUUACUCGUUCAGACUGGAGUGUAAUGUUACCUUUUGAUGUUUACUAUGUCUUAGGUCACUUGUGUUUUACUUUCCAUUCAGACAGUUCUCUGAAGGAAAUAAACUGUAUGAACCCUUAUUUCGGGUAUACCAGCACUAUUUCACUAAUUGGCGUUGUACGGAGCUGUGCUACAAUUUCUGCGUUACAUUUUCUGUGUUUCCUGUGGAUUAUUUCAGAAAGGCAAAAACUUAAAGUGUACUUGAAUCUUCUGAAGGGGAAAUGCACCUUGUGGUAUUAUGUACUGUAUGUAUGAAACACAUCUUUACUAACUAGUUGCAAUGAGAUUUACUGUUGAACUUGUUACUUGUUUUCUAAAAGGGUUUCCCACCUUUUUGUGCUUUAACAUUUCAGCCAAUCUCCAUCAGGUUUAAUAGACAUUUCUAAAUGUCUUAAGUAAUUUCAUUUAGCAUGUUUUCACUUCCCAAAGGGCAGAGUAACAUGCUUUAUUUAACUAUUUAUUUAAACAAACUAUUUAAGGGGUUAUAGGUUUUUCUUAUGAAAGCACAUGGGUAUAAUUUAUCAACAGUGAAUGGUUAUUGAGUCAUCUGUGAUUUUCAAGUCCUGUGAGAAAACAUCAAUGAUUUUUCUGUUUUCUAAGAAGAAAUAUCACAAGUUGCUAUACUGUGACAAACAUGUUGCUUUUAGUUUUGGGACUCUGAAAAACAGCUGCCAAAAACCUAGUUUUUCUGUUUUAGGGAGUCCUCACUUUAGAUGGCAUGAUUUAACAACAUGAUCUUAUUGGUUAAUUUAAGAGAAUGUAUUUAAUGCGUAGUUUAUUUGUAAUUGCUCUGAAUGAACUGGCUGUGGCAUAUAUCUCUUCUUGGUCUUCUUGGCGUUUAUAUGCAGCUGUAUGUAUGUAUAUAUGUAAAUACGUUUUUCUUUUCAAAUUUGACAUUGAGGAGCAAUAUAUAAAUUAGCAAAGACAAAUUAAUGUGCUGUUAAUUUGUCAUUUUAAGUUUGUAAAUAAAGUUUAUCAAA